AUGCCGCCUAAACAAUCGUCUUCCACCGGAGCAGGUCGCGGCCGGCCGGCCAAGGGAAGCAAAGCUCAACCAGCUGCUCGCGCCGCUUCAGAGUCCAGCAACCCUUUCGAGUCUUCAGAUGACCAGGCAGAGGAGCCGAAGCAAAAGAGGCCCGUCGAGCCAGAGCCCGCGGAGCCCGAAAAGACCAUCCCGAGAGCGCUCUUGACGCGGAUUCUGCACGAGUUCUUCACAAAGGACGCUACGAGAAUGUCGAGGGAUGCCAAUGCGGCGGUGGGCAAGUACGUCGACAUCUUUGUUCGGGAGGCGAUUGCGAGGACGGCCGUUGAGAAGAGGGGAGGGUUUCUAGAGGUUGAGGACUUGGAAAAGGUCGCGCCUCAGCUGUUGCUGGAUCUCUAG